AUGGCGGAGGCAGCAGCUCCUCCCGCGGUCACAACAGCUGGCGGAUGGACCAAACACGUGACCUGCAGGUACUUUCUUCACGGAGUGUGUAAGGAGGGGGAAAACUGCAGAUAUUCACACGACCUGAAGAGCAGUAAACCUGUCACCAUGAUCUGCAAGUUCUACCAGAAGGGGGCGUGUGCGUACGGCGAGCGCUGCAGGUUUGAACACAGUAAAGUGAAGGAGGAGCUGCCUCUGCCAUCGCACACACCAACCCUGAAGUCCAGACCCGAGUCCAAACUGCAACCUGAACCAGGGACUGGACCAGGGGCCAGACCAGAGACCGGUUCAGAGACCGGGACCGGAGUUGGACUUGCUCCGGACUGGGUUCUUGCUGCUGAGUUCGUGCCUGGACAGCCGUACUGUGGUCGAGCAGAUGCGGGGACGGAGAAUGUUGCCGUGGAAACGCAGAGGAAGACCCUGUGUCCGUACGCAGCGGUCGGCGAGUGUCGUUACGGUGUGAACUGUGCGUAUCUCCAUGGCGACGUGUGCGACAUGUGUGGACUACAGGUCCUGCAUCCGAGCAACGGGACCCAGAGGUCCGAACACACCAAGGCCUGCAUGGAGGCCCAUGAGAAGGACAUGGAGCUGUCGUUUGCGGUGCAGCGCUCGAAGGACAUGGUGUGUGGAGUGUGUAUGGAGGUGGUGUUCGAGAAGCAGAACCUCAGCGAGAGACGCUUCGGGAUCCUGUCCCACUGCUGCCACUGCUACUGCCUCCGCUGCAUCCGCAAGUGGAGGCGAGCCAAGCAGUUCGAGAGCAAGAUCAUCAAGUCGUGUCCCGAGUGCCGGAUCACCUCUAACUUCGUGAUCCCCAGUGAGUACUGGGUCGAGGACAAGGAGGACAAACAGAAACUCAUCCAGAAGUAUAAAGACGGCAUGGGGACUAAAGCGUGUCGAUACUUCGAUGAAGGUCGGGGUUCGUGUCCGUUUGGUUCAAACUGUUUUUACAAACAUGCAUUUCCUGAUGGUCGCCUGGAGGAGGCGCUACCACCACGACAGAGGAGCCACCGCAACAGGACCACCAGGGGCGCUCCGUUCUGGGACCUCCUGGACUCGGACGAUGAGGAGCUGGUGACCUUUGAACUCAGUGAGAUGCUGCUGAUGCUGCUCGCCGCCGGAGCAGAAGAAGAUGAGGACUCUGACGACGAGUGGGACCUGUUCCAUGAAGAAGAGCUCGAGGACUUCUACGAGAUUUACCUAUAA